CUGAGAGUCCGGGCCGUUGACACGUAUCGGUUAUCGUCAGGAUACUAAUAGCCAUCCUGUGUCCAAGAUCGUCCCUUAUCUCGAAGAAAACGGGCAGAAAGAAUCGGAAUGAUGAAUAUUAACGAAGAAUUAACGGUUGGUCAAGUUUGGACGUCCGUCAGGAUGGCCAAUGGGGUACACAGGAUCUUCUCUUGAGGCCUAUCACCACGUCGGAGGACUGGAGAGGGUUGACGAUUGUUUUCAGAGCAUCACCUGGUCCAUAGCGAUAAGGACGCUUAAAGUGAUCUUUGUGGACAUAGCGGAUUGUUGUUUCGACUGUUUUCGUGUGACUCGACGUGGACAAGAAAGGUUGAUUUGUGAUCAGUUCUAUCACAUUUUUUUUUCUGAAGACUAUUCGAGGAAGUGAAAUUGUGCCGAGUGAAUUCGGGAAGAUACGAGGAACCAUGUUGGAAUUCUACCCUCCGCUACCAGGUACCCUUGGUCGCCAGGGUGAGUCGGGACCACCGACGAUGGCCUCGGCUGCACCACCGAUGCCAUUUCGGCCUGCCAAUGACAAUAACAAUGCAGAGCCGUCGGUUUCGGUAAAGACAGAAUCCGGUCUCCUGGAGACGAUCUGUGCCGGUUGCGGCCGCACCAUAUCCGACAAAUACGUGAUGCAGGUCGCCGGAAGGAACUACCACGAAGAGUGUCUAUCCUGCGCUGCAUGCGCCGCUCCUCUCACACAUUCCUGCUUCAUUCGCGAGUUGAAACUCUACUGCAGGAACGAUUACGAGAGGAUCUUCGGUGUUAAGUGCGCGCGGUGCAUGGAGAAGAUCAGUUGUUCGGAUUUCGUGCUCAGAGCGCCGGGUUUGGUUUUCCAUGUGGAGUGUUUCGCGUGUUGCAUGUGCGGACAACCGUUACCACCUGGUGCACAAUACUUCCUGCGACAGGGACAACCGAUCUGCAGAAGGGACUAUGAAAACGAGUUGUACCUGAACAGUCCUCAAGACGAUGAUUUGUUGGACGAGAACCGACCUAGAGACGGUCGUCGGGGUCCCAAGAGACCCCGGACGAUCCUCACGUCGGCUCAGAGGCGUCAGUUCAAGGCGUCCUUCGAAGUGUCCCCGAAACCCUGUCGAAAGGUACGAGAAGCCCUGGCAAAGGACACGGGUCUCAGUGUUCGCGUGGUGCAAGUUUGGUUCCAAAAUCAACGAGCGAAGAUGAAGAAACUACAAAGGAAAGCGAAGACUGAGCCUGGAUCGGACAAGGAACCGAAGGAAGAACGUCGGACGGAAAGUCCUCACAGUGAUCACAGUCAUUACUUGAACGCCAUGAACAUGCGCGACGGGGAAUCUUCUAGCUUCCCCUCAGCCACCCAACCGCUCAACCCCAAUAACCCGUACUCGCCCGACGACGCAUAUCCGGGUCAUUCAGGGGAGAGUUUCUGCAGCAGCGAUUUGUCCUUGGACGGUACGGAAGCUGGCUUCGACAUAGGCGAGAACGAGGGUGGCGGUGGUCAAGAGGGUAGCCAUCAGGGUGCCACCCACACCCAUCACGGUCCUUCCUCCCACGAGGCGCCGUCACUGUCGCAAAGUUUGCACGCGGCGAUUCACAACCCCAUCGACAAACUGUUCAUGAUGCAGAGUAGUUACUUCAGUGGUGACCAUGCGUAAUCCGCGAGAUAUAUCAUUCUCCAUGGUGUUCUCGAUCGGUUCUCCAAAGGAGCUAGCUGACC